ACUCAGCAUUCGACCCACUUUCGUGGAAGCGUUCCCCGCAACUUGCUUAUCAACGCUCCGCGAUGAAUCAGCUGCGCGUAUAAAACUCUCCCGGUUGCUCGCAAACCCUUGCAUCUACUUUGAACGUGUUCCCAACCAUGCCCGCAGUCCUCCCUGGAAGCAAAGUCCUCGUUACUGGCGCGAAUGGCUACAUCGCAGUCUGGGUCGUCAAGAACCUUCUCGAGCACGGCUAUACUGUCCGCGGGACGGUCCGCUCCGAAGCCAAGUCAGCACACUUGAAGAAGUUGUUCGCGGACAAAUACGCGGGCAAGCUUGAAUUUGUUGUAGUGGAAGAUAUCACCAAGGAGGGGGCCUUUGAUAGCGCCGUGCAGGGCGUGGAUGCUGUUGAGCACACGGCUUCACCCUUCCACUUUGCGGGUGAUCAUCCAGAUGAAUACCUCAUUCCAGCCAUCAAGGGCACCACAUCUGUGAUCGAAAGCGUUCUGAAAUACGGGAAGGACGUUAAAAGGAUUGUCGUCACUUCGUCUUGCGCUUCCGUCCAGAACUUCCUGCCACAGCCCACAAUCUAUACCGAGAAGGAUUUCAACGAGACGAGUCCCAGAGAGAUCGAAGAGAAGGGACGAAACGCUGCUCCAUUGCACAAGUACUGUGCAUCGAAGGUGCUCGCUGAGAAAGCCGCCUGGGACCUUUACAACAAGCACAAGGGAUCCGUGGCCUGGGACCUCGUGGUUCUGAACCCGCCAUACGUCUUUGGGCCUGUCAUCCAUGAAGUGUCGUCGCCUGACGCGUUGAACACCUCCGUGCUCGAUUGGUACAAUACGGUGGUCAAGGGCACGAAGGACGCGGAGACUCUGGCGACACUUGGAAAUGCCUGGGUAGACGUGCGCGACCUUGCGGAGGCGCAUCGGCUAGCGAUCGAGAAGGAGGCCGCCGGCGGCGAGCGUUUCAUCGUGACUCCAGGGCCUUUCAAGUGGCAAGACUGGGUCGACGCCGCCAACGCGCUCACGCCGCCACUGUACGAUAACCUCCCCAAGGGCAAACCUGGCGCAGGCAAGGCUCCGGGCGUCGUGUACCCCGUGCGCUACGACGUGUCGAAAGCAGAUCGUAUUUUGGGAAUUAAGUACACGAGCCUCGAAGCCUCCACCAGGGACAGCCUCGCGGACUUCAAGGCCAGGGGUUGGUGAUUCCUGUUCUCAUAUGGAAUUCGCAUGUUUGUUUGAUCACGAGAGAUCGUGUAUACUAUGUAGGCAAUGUAUAGUCAUAAGCGACAUCAUUGAAUGAAAUAUUGAAAGGAGC